UGUCGCGCGCGCCGUGUGGCGGCCGUAAAGCGCGGAAGGUCAGUCAGGCCCCCAGGAGUGGUACUGAGCUAACGUCUGAACUCAUCUAGGGUGACGCUUUAAGAAAACUAAUAAAUAGCUGCCAGGAUGUUUCUCCGAUUACUGUCAGAUGUCCGGUGGCGGGCAGCUAAGCCAAGAUGGAGAGGAAUGACGUGCUCCCGGCGAAGUACCUCAAGUACAGCAGAACCUCAUCCAGUUUCCUUGCCAGCACAGGCGCAGGUUGUCAUCUGUGGUGGUGGAAUCAUGGGCACAUCGGUGGCGUAUCACCUUUCCAAGCUGGGUUGGAAGGAUAUAGUCUUACUUGAGCAGGGCAGAUUGGCUGCUGGAACUACUCGAUUUUGUGCUGGCAUUGUGAGCACAGCCAGGCCAGUGUCCAUAGAGCUCAAGAUGGCAGAUUAUUCCAACAAGCUGUAUCAGCAGCUGGAACAAGAGACAGGAAUAAAAACAGGGUACAUGAAGACAGGCUCUAUUUCACUGGCUCAGACUCAGGAUCGACUAAUCUCUCUGAAACGCAUUGCUUCAUCGCUGAAUGUAAUGGGAAUACCUUGUGAAAUUAUCACGCCGAAGCAAGUGGCGCAGCUCCACCCGCUUAUCAACAUUCAUGACCUUGUGGGGGCCAUGUAUGUACCAGGAGAUGCACUCGUGUCAUCUGCCGAUGUGAGUCUGGCUCUGGCAACUGCUGCCUCGCGGAAUGGUGUCCAGAUUCACGAACGGACAAGUGUCAGUCAUGUCUUGGUCCAGAAGGGUCGUGUGACUGGAGUUGAGACUGACAGAGGACAAAUUUCAUGCCAGUACUUUGUCAACUGCGCUGGCCAGUGGGCCUAUGAGCUGGGACACUCUGGGGAGGAACAAGUCAGUAUCCCAGUCCAUGCCUGUGAACACUUCUACCUCCUGACGUAUCCUUUGCAGGAACCUCUGGCAAGCAGCAUGCCAACUGUUGUAGACCCGGAUGGCAGGAUCUACAUACGCAACUGGCAAGGUGGCAUCCUUUCAGGAGGCUUUGAGAAAAACCCCAAGCCUCUCUUCACGGAGGGACGGAACCAGCUGGAGAUUCAGAACCUCCAGGAAGACUGGGAUCAUUUUGAGCCACUUCUGAGUGCCCUUCUGCGCCGAAUGCCAGGUUUGGAGGCUUUGCAGAUCAUGCAGUUAGUGAAUUGCCCAGAAACCUUCACACCAGAUAUGCGGUGCAUCAUGGGAGAGUCGCCCACUGUGCGGGGCUACUUCGUUUUGGCUGGAAUGAACUCAGCUGGUAUCUCAUAUGGUGGGGGAGCAGGCAAGUACCUGGCGGAGUGGAUGGUAAACGGUUAUCCAUCAGAAAACGUCUGGCCUCUGGAUUUGAAACGUUUUGGUACUCUUCAGAGUAGUCGCACUUUCCUCCGUCACCGUGUGAUGGAAGUAAUGCCUCUCAUUUGUGAUCUGAAAGUUCCCCGCUGGGACUUCCAGACUGGCAGGCAGCUGCGUACUUCACCAUUAUAUGACCGUCUGGAUGCACAGGGAGCUAGGUGGAUGGAGAAACAUGGAUUUGAGAGAGUCAAAUAUUUUGUCCCACCUGGGAAAGAUCUACUGGAUUUGGAUCAGAGCAAGACCUUUUACAAACCAGAUUGGUUUGAUAUUGUGGGUUCAGAAGUCAAGUGCUGUAAGGAAGCAGUUUGUGUCAUUGACAUGUCAUCUUUUACUAAGUUUGAAAUAAGCUCCCCAGGAGACCAGGCGCUGGAGAGUCUGCAGUAUCUCUUCUCAAAUGACCUGGAUGUGCCAGUUGGGCAUGUUGUGCAUACAGGCAUGCUUAACGAGAAAGGAGGCUACGAGAAUGACUGCAGCAUAGCCCGACUGAACAAACGCAGCUUCUUUAUGAUUUCCCCUACUGACCAACAAGUCCAUUGCUGGUCCUGGUUGAAGAAUCGCUUGCCCAGCGACAGCAACGUGACCAUGGAAGAUGUUACCUGGAAGUACACAGCUCUCAAUCUGAUCGGCCCUCGUGCUGUGGAUGUCUUGUCAGAGUUAUCUUAUGCCCCGGUAACUCCAGAACACUUUCCCUCUCUCUUUUGCAAGGAGAUGAGUGUGGGCUAUGCUAAUGGAAUCCGCGUGAUGAGUAUCACUCACACAGGAGAGCCUGGGUUCAUGCUGUAUAUCCCUAUAGAGUAUGCUCUUCAUGUGUACAAUGAGGUGAUGAACAUGGGACAGAAGUAUGGGAUUCGGAAUGCUGGUUAUUAUGCACUCCGCAGCCUUCGUAUUGAGAAGUUCUUUGCGUUCUGGGGCCAGGAUCUGGAUGCCUUCACCACUCCUAUGGAGUGUGGACGUGAGUUCCAGGUCAAGCUGGAAAAGGAAAUGGAGUUCGUUGGCCAGGAAGCAUUGCUAGAGCAGAAGCAGAAUGGUGUGUACAAGCGCUUUACCAUGUUCAUUCUUGAGGACCAUGACACAGAUACGGACCUUUGGCCCUGGUGGGGGGAGCCCAUUUUCCGCAACGGCCGCUACGUGGGCAAGACCACCAGCAGUGCCUACAGCUACACUCUGGAGCGCCAUGUCUGCCUUGGCUUUGUGCAGCACUUUGAUGAGAAGACAGGAGAAGAGCUGGUGGUGACAACUGAUUUCAUCAACCAUGGCGAGUAUGAGAUCGACAUUGCUGGACAGCGCUUCCAGGCCAAAGCGAAGCUUUACCCCUUCAGCUCCCUCUUCACACACCGUCGCCGCAAGGAUGAGAUAGAACUGAGUGGCUACCAGAGGGAGUAGUGCUGACUAGACCCACUCCUUUUCCCAAGCUGGAGUCUUCUGCCAUCAUCUUUCAAUCCAUCUCCUCAUCCCAUGUUUCUUUCAUCUCCUUUCUUGUCUUGCAAUUUUUAAACUUUUCCAGUGUGUUACAUUUUGUACAUUUUAGAACUUUUAAUUUUCAAGCUUUCUCAGCCUUUUGCCCUCCCCGUCUCCCUCCUUCAAUCCUUCACUUGCCAGGCUCCCUGAUGCCCCAGCGGAUGAAGGGCAGCGUUGAGCAUGCACCCAGAAGUCUACGGGAGCAUACAGUGGGAGACCUGUGUAGGAGUGAACACCAGAGGCCCCAGCCUUACGGUGUUCAGGUGAACACCUGAGGACUGUGCCCUUUCUGUCUCUUCUCUGGUGGAAGGUGUGGAACAGCAGGCAUUUGCUGCCUGUAGUUCAGGUUUCCUGUCCCCUUGGCUGAACUGUGUGCGACUUCACCUUGCUCUCCGCAUACCACUUUGUAGAGGGGUCAGUGCGCUGACACACAGCAAUAGAACGAUCAGCUACCUCACUGGCACAAGACAUAGCGUUGCGUGAGCAGCAGCGAAGAGACAGGUCUUGGUAUGUUCCAGCCUGUCACUGCCCCCAUUUGCCCAUUGUUUUUUCGCUAGCGGGGAGUAAAAUAGAGUUAAUCAUCAGAUCACUGAGGUGACAGUACUGCUGGUCUGUAUUCUGAACGUACUGAGCAGAUACAAAUGUCAGCGGAUAUUUUUAAGAAAAGACUGGGGAGAGUGGAAGCUAAUUUUCUGGUACGUUGCUUGUCUGCACAUUGGAAUUUAUCUUGACCUAAAAUAAAUCAGUUGGGAGACCCUGUUUAAAUGCACAGUUUCUGUGCCUGGGCAGCUGUUUGUGCUGACCUAUAUUUCCUUUUUUUCCAGAAAUGUAUUUAUUCAGUAUAUUGCUCGUGCUGUAGUGGGUUUUAUCCUUUGUUUAAAGGAAGAAGCCCCAGUUGGUUUAGGGUAUGAGUGUCUCAUUGCAUUAAAGGAAACAAAAUUCUCUGCUUGAAUGCUUUCUUUACAGUAUUAGCUCACAUUUGGAGACCUGAGUCAGGAAAUGUGGGAGCUAAGGCUUUUUCAGCAGUGGGGAUCUUUUUGUGUUGCCCUUAGUGUUUGUUCAGAUGACUUCUUAUCUCCUAUUUGUUUUAAAACUCUUUUGUAUGGCUAAUGUCAGGUUUUGCUUUUGAGUGACAGUAUAAAACAUACCACUUCUUUGCAGGUAUGACAAGCUCAGCUUUGUUCCAAAAGUAUCUCCUGUUCAAACUAGGGUAUCUUCAGGAAGAGGAGUGGGCAAUUAUAAUGAAAGAGGCACUUAAGAAAGGUGUUCUCAUUCAGAUUUAUUAAUUUGUUCAUACUGAUAACAGCUGAUCUUCCCACACAAGUGCUUGAUGCCUGCUUCUGCAACAAGUUUUAGUAGUUACUCGGAGUUGUCAGCCAGCCCAACUAGUGAGCGAUUCCAUUUUCUAUCUACAAAGAAAAGUCCUAAACUUUAGCCUUUCUCUGUGGCACAGUUGGGCUUUCUUCCAUGCUACAAAUAGUUUUCCAGACCCAAGUCUGGCUUUCUCAUAGCGAGACAAGUUAUAGUUAUACCCUUGUGCCGAGGGCAGCAGUGUCAUCCAAGCAGAGACUGCCAUCUUGUGAACUGCGGGCAGCACUGGACGUCCCUUCGCAGCUCAUGCUUCGUUGGAGUGUCAGCUGCGCCUUAAUUUUAUUUGCCCAGAGUCCCUUCGUGCUUUUAGCCGUCUCCUGAGAACUGAUAUUAAAGGGCUGGGAGGACUUCUGAAGUACUCUGCAGCGUAAAUUUUAAGAACAACUGAAGUUUGAACCUGUGAAAGUAUUUUCUAGUGCCUUAUGCUUGUGAACGUUGUGCGACUGAUGUAACUGAGAUGGGACAGAGCAAGGAACAACUUCAUGGUGUUUCCCCAUCCACCACAGACAUCUCCCUCUCCCCUUCCAGGGUCUCAGCGAGCAAACCCCGAGAGAUCCUUUUGAGCAGUACAGUGAUGGUUUUUAAUCUGUUUGAACUUUGGGAUCGAAGAAAUGUUAAAGUGUGCGAUAGUGUGCCGCGUAGCGUGCCUUUGGGAGGAGCAGUAGCUUUACUUCUGCUGGUUUUGAACUGGAAGGGGUUUACGGAGAGAUAGAAGCUGCUUUGAUUUUUUUUUUUUUUUUUGGGGGGGGGGACGACAUGGACAGUUGUUCUGAAGUGCACAAACAAGGAUGAGCUCGCUGCUGUCCACUGAGGCCAUGUUAUUAUGUAUGCUGUAUUUAUAUCAUGCUUUAUUUCAUUUAAUAUUUUCAGUUGGCUUCAAUGUUGCUCGGUUUGUAUAUUAAUAAAGAGACAUUUUAACUAUU